AUGAAGGUUUGGCUACUACUAGGUCUUCUGUUGGUGUCCGAAGCACUGGAGAAUGUUACUGGCCAACAGUCUCCAAAGAACAAGCGUCCAAAGGAGCCAGGAGAGAACAAAAUCAAGCCUUCCAACAAAAAGGUGAAACCCAAAGUUCCUAAAAUAAAGGACCGGGACUCACCUGACUCAAUGCCAAAGACUCAGUCUAUAAUGAUACAUGUGAUGGAUAAUGGUCGCUUCCAGAAGCCUGCUGCUACCCUCAGUGUGAUGGCUGGGCAAACUGUAGAGCUUCGAUGUAAAGGGAAUAAAAUUGGAUGGAGUUACCCUUCAUACCUUGACACCUUUAAGGACUCUCGCCUCAGUGUGAAACAACACGAGCGCUAUGGCCAGCUGACCCUGGUCAACUCCACCGCGGCCGAUACGGGCGAAUUCAGCUGUUGGCUGCAACUCUGCAGUGGCUAUAUCUGCACAAAGGAUGAGGCCAAAACAGGCUCCACUUACAUCUUUUUCACAGAGAAAGGAGAACUCUUUGUACCUUCUGCCAGCUACUUUGAUGUUGUCUACUUGAAUCCGGACAGACAGGCUGUGGUUCCUUGUCGAGUGACUGUCCUGUCAGCCAAAGUCACCCUACAUAGGGAGUUCCCAGCCAAGGAAAUCCCAGUCAAUGGAAAGGACAUUAUUUAUGACAUGAAGAGAGGCUUUGUGUAUCUGCAACCUCACUCUGACCACCAGGGGGUAGUCUACUGCAAGGCUGAGGCUGGUGGCAAGUCUCAGAUCUCCGUCAAGUACCAACUGCUCUAUGUAGAGGUUCCCAGUGGACCUCCAUCAACAACCAUCUUGGCGUCCUCCAACAAAGUGAAUGGUGGCGAUGAUAUCAUUGUCCUCUGUACUGUCCUAGGGGAGCCUGAUGUUGAGGUGGAAUUCAGGUGGAUCUACCCAGGACACCAGAGUGAGAGACCCGUGAUGAUUCAAGACACUUGGAGGCUGAUCCACAGAGGAUUUGGACACACCACAAGAAUUUCCCAGAGUGUCAUUACAGUUGAAGACUUCGAGACCAUUGAUGCAGGAUAUUACAUUUGUACUGCUCAGAAUCUCCGAGGACAGACGACAGUAGCCACCACUAUUGAGUUUUCCUGA